UUUUCAAAAGCGUGACUUGAAUUUUGAGCUUUCGAAAUAUACGUUCGGAAAUCGUGAUAACUUACAUUACAAUGGCUUCGGCUGAUGAAAUCGAUAUAAUAAGUGAACUACAAAAGAAACCAUUUUCUGUUCGACAAUCAGGCGAGCAAAAUAUACUCGUAAAGCAGCGGCCAAUUCCAAAUUUACAAGCGACUACAGGCAAUAGAAGCUUUCAGGAAAGUUGGUACUCGAAGAUAGAUUGGCUUUGUGGUAGGUAGCUCAGAAAAGAAUUCAUUGUUCUGUUGGCCUUGUCUUUUGUUUUGCCCUGGAUCGUCAUCUUCAUGGACGCAGACGGGAUUCAAAAACAUGAAGAAUUUCCUAUCCAAUUGUAAGAAGCAUGAGAAGGCAAAAUCGCACUUGGGUGCUUACAAGACCUGGAAGACCUACGGUUUUCAGCCUCGUGUCGACUGUCUCAUGUCACAAGCUAGACGUGAGGAGAUUCAGCGUCAUAACGAAGAGGUAAGGCAAAACAGGGAAAUGUUGAAAACCAUAACAGAAGCUGUUUUAUACUUGUCUAGGCAAGAGCUUGCAUUUAGGGGGCAUGAUGAAUCUAGUAGCAGCAUGAAUAGAGGAAAUUAUAGAGAGCUACUUGAAAGUUUUGCCAAGAUGGAUUCUGUUUUUGAAAGGCAAUAACAUGGCAGGCUUGCUGAAACCCACCGUGCUGAGGGAGGGCGGUUUACUGGAGUCUCUCCUGAUAUUCAGAAUGAUUUGAUUGAUUGUCUUGAUAAGAUAAUAGAGGAUGAGAUUUUAAAGGAAAUAGAUUGCUGCACUUUCUUAAGUAUACAGGUCGAUGAGGCAACUGAUGUUUCUACCAAAGAACAAUUGAGUGUAAUUGUUCGAAUGGACAAAGGGAAAAGUGUCAUUGAAAGACAGCUUGGGUUUGUUGAUGUUAGUUGUGAUAGGACUGCAACUGCUAUAUCAUCAGUGGUUAAGGGUAAGUUAAGUCAAUAUAAUAAUGUGAAAGAGAAAUUUAUUGGACAGACUUAUGAUAGUGCAUCUGUUAUGUCUGGUCAUCUCAAUGGUGUUCAAGCUCAAGUUCAGCAGGAUUAUCCUUAUGCUCAAUUUGUUCACUAUGCUGCCCAUAGACUAAAUCUAGUAUUAUGUCAAGCUGCAUCCUCCAUUUCAUUGUUAAUAUUAGUGCUUUCUGCACCUUUACUAGCAAUUCCCCCCGAAAGAAAAGCUUUACUAUCAUCCCAUAGGCUUGAGUUUCCUAGUCCUGGUGACACAAGAUGGUAUUAUAGGGCUUAUGUCAUCAAUGUCUUACAUUCUAACUAUGAGAAACUGAUAGACAUAUUUGAAAAUCUUACUGAUAAUCCAAUAGGUUGGGAUGAUGAAACGUUAAGUAAGGUUACUGGUUUACUUGGCUACCUUAAUGGCUUCUUGUUUUGUUUCUUGGUACUUGUUUUCCAGAGAAUUCUUGAGCAGUCAUCCAAAGUUUAUUUUAUCUUGCAAGACAAGGACACUGACUUUCAUUAUGGAGUGAGUAGGGUUGAGAGAUUCGAGGCCUUUGUUGCUUCUCUGAGAAAUGAUACAGUAUAUUGUCAGGUGUACAACCUGGCUGUUGAGAAAGUGGGACCACCAGUAACCAGGGUGUUUAAGAUGUGGAAAGGUGAAGUGCCCUCAGAAAAGAUAAAUCUUCUAAAGGAGGUUUAUGGUGAUAUGUUUGACAUACCAAUGCUAGUUAGCCGACUUUGUUUUAUUUACAGAGAUAAAGACUUUCACCGUGAUUCAUGCGAUGAACUAUUGAAAUAUAUUUUUCAGUUCCAUUUUCAAUCUAGUAUUCCAGAAGUUGUAAAACUGUUAAAGAUAAAUGGGUUUUUGUCAACUUUUAAUAGUUGUUGAUGACGAAUCUGAGCCUUUUUCGGUUCUUUUGUCAAAGUUUCUUUACAAGAUGUACAUAGGUAUCUAUUUAUGUAUGUGGUGUUGAGAAAAUAAAUCACAUAUCUGCAACUAUUUUUGAACUGUUUCUCUGCUUUACUAUAAAUUCCUUCGGCAAUUUAAAUUAACCAAAAUGGUUCUAUUUCCUGCAUAAAUAUCACGCAUUUGCUUUCUAAGAUAGCCGUUUCCGACGUUCCAGGGAGUCUAAAUUCGGAAAAUUUUCUCGCUCGGCGCCAACCAUGGUGGCGCCUCGUGAGCCCGACCAAA